AUGGGUAAGAACAAUGUUGAUGGAUCAGCAAAAUUUUCUGGGGAACUCAUAAAGAAGAUAAUGAUCUUUCUCAAAGUUGAUGAGAUGAGGCAAGAAUUCGGUACAAAUCAAAGGUCAUCUUCAUGGCCCAAAACAAUUGUGAGAAAAUGGUUGAAUAUGAAGACUAGAUCUGAUGAGUUUCAUUCUGAUUAUACAUCAAAAGGAACAGCACCGGGUACAAACGAGAUGAGAAGGAAGAGUUGCUCAGAUGGAGAUAACUAUGUUAUGAUUCCAAGAGACGUCUCUAGAGGAUGGCAAGUCGAGUGGGAAAGUCUAAAAAGACCAAGACCAUUCGAACAAGAAACAUCCACUGCCACCAAUAAUCUUAACCAAAGGUUGUUUGUGGAGACAUGGAAUUUAGGAGGAAAAUCACCGCAUGAAAGAUCAAACAUUAAAGAUUGGCUUUGUACAAAUUCUCCGGCUGAUAUUUAUGUUCUUGGGUUUCAAGAAAUUGUCCCGUUAAACGCAGGGAAUGUAUUCGGUGCAGAAGAUAACGGUCCCGCUACCAAGUGGCUAUCCCUUAUACGUCAAGCUCUGAACAGUACAGAUGAAAAAGACACUGAAAUUCUAGAAAAUUACAAUAAUGAUACUUAUAAACAACAACAAACAUCAGAACUGAUCACUCUGAAGCAACAACUACAGUCUUCUUCUACUUCUCCUAAUCAGUUUGACCAAAUUCAGCAACAACCUAACCAGCAGACUAAACCCAGAACCAGUUUCUCUGACUUGUUAUCCAUGGACCAUGACUUAGAAAUUGAUGAAUUAUCAUAUGAACCUUAUAAUUUUUCAUCAAAUUCUACUUCAAGUUCAAAUUCAAGUUGUGAAGGUUCACCUACUCCACCAGCUGGAUUAUCAACUAGGUUUGGGAGCAACCGUUCGAUGGGUAAUCGUUAUUGUUUGGCUGCAAGCAAGCAAAUGGUUGGGAUAUUUUUAUGCGUAUGGGUUCGUACCGAUCUUUAUCAGCAUGUUAGUAAUUUGAAGGUUUCCUGUGUUGGUAGAGGCAUCAUGGGUUAUCUGGGUAAUAAGGGUUCAAUUUCAAUAAGUAUGACGCUGUACCGGACCUCGUUUUGUUUCGUGUGCACCCACUUGACAUCUGGUGAAAAAGAAGGUGAUGAAGUUAGAAGGAACGCUGAUGUUAUGGAAAUAUUAAAGAAGACGAGGUUUCUUAGUUCGCGUAAACUUCAAAACGAAAUUUCUCCUGAUAACAUCAUGCGUCAUGAUAAAAUUAUUUGGCUUGGGGAUUUAAACUACCGACUCUCAUCACCUGGUUGCGUUGACACUCAUGAAUUAUUAAAGAAGAAUAACUGGCAAGCACUUUUAGAAAAAGAUCAGCUAAGAAUUGAGCAGAAAGCAGGACGGGUAUUUCAAGGGUGGGAAGAAGGAAGGAUACAUUUCGCACCAACCUACAAAUAUUUAAACAAUUCGGACCGUUACGUUCUACUCCAAAACAACACUACCUCCAAAUCUAAAGAAAAACGACGCGCUCCUGCCUGGUGUGAUAGGAUACUGUGGAAAGGUGAAGGAGUGGAACAGAUGUUGUAUGUGAGAGGGGAGUCAAGAUUCUCAGAUCACAGACCUGUUUCUUCUCUAUUAUCUGUACAAUUUGAGAAUCAUCUGUCAUCUAACAAGACCAAGAUUAUCAGGCCAACGACCGUAACAACGACGUCAUCUCAAAAAAUAAAAUCACACCAGCAACAACAGCAAGUCGAUUAUCAACAGAAAAGUCAGAACCCACAAUAUUCUUUCAUCAGCGAUGGGAAUAUGAAUGCUCAUGCCAUCAACAUGCGUGGUAAAAUUUCAAGCCGAAAAGUUGUUGCAGCCAGCUGCUAGCUUAACUAAAAAGUUACGGAUAGAGAGGAGAAACAUAAUCGUAUAUAUAUUGAUAAACAAGGGUGUUGUGCCAGACUGAAUCGUCACUCCAAGCAUUAGAUCGACCAAUCCUCAAGGGUACAGAACAAACACUAAAAGAGAGAGAGUAGAGACCAAGCUUAUGAUGACCAGUUAUUUCUUCGGUUUUUUAAUUAGGACACAGAGAGAACUAACUGAAGGCGUGACUCCUGUCAGAGCAACUUGGAUACAUAUAAAUAUGAGAGUUUUUUAGGGGAUAAGCAGUAAUGUCAGGUCAGGUAGAGGUGAUACAACAUUUUUACAAGCAUGACGAAGCACACUAACCUGAUGAAAAGAAGAGCUGAAAUUAAUAAUGAAUAUGGAAAGAUGAUGAUUAUGAAUAGAAACAUGUUCUGCCGCUUAAGGGUCGGAACUUAGGCGUAUUUGAUUGUUUUGAUCAGUGUGUUGGAUA